CACUAUUCCCAGCAUAACCUCAAAUCUCACUUGGAAAAUAGAAAAUCAAAUAGGGAAAAGUGAGGUUGAACCUUUUACUAUUUAUCCGGCGUUCCAAUCUGGUUCGGUCAAAUUUGAGUAAAGACAGUCGUUGGUCAUAAAACCUGAAGGCGGUCGCCGCAAUAAAAUGCUAAGGAACAUAGUGCAGCCAGGAGGGCGACGAUUCAUUUCGCUGCUUUCGAAGGUUUGGUCGGGCCAACAGGGCAGGACGGUGAAGUACACGGAAAGCGAUCUAAUCGACACGCUCAGAAGCAAGUUCCCACAGGCCGCGGUGAUCAGUGUCGAAGACGUCUCCGGGGGCUGCGGUGCAAUGUUCCAAAUCUCGGUCGAAUCGGAGGAGUUCAAAGGGGUCCCCAUCGUGAAGCAGCACCGAAUGAUCACAGAAACGCUCAAGGACCACAUCAAAGACAUGCACGGGCUGCGCAUUCACACUUCCGUCCCGAGCGGGACAUAGCGGUCUCGAGGGCCCUACGGUCCUCGAGUUAGGACUUUGGCUUGUUAGUUUUAUUUGUACAGGAGAACACUUUGAAAUCAGAAUCCUCACGUUGUAUUUCGAUAUGGAAACUCAAUAAAUUAAUGAUUUUAGCGGUUAAGACUUA